GCUGAGUCAGCUGGACCCGCUUCCUGACCUGAGACGUCUUCCAGCUCCUGCAGCAUCGUCUUCCUCACAGCCCCACACCCCAAUUCCUUCCCCAUCCGGGGCUGAGCGCCUCUCUGAAUGGAGGAUGGGGGCGGUUGCUCCCAGAGCAGAGCUUCGGUCUGCCGAGGACCAGGAGCGGGAGGAGGCGGGGACCUCGGCUCAGUCCUACCGGCUUGGCAGAUUUUUGUGUUAUCUCUACCUGGUAGGCUUCCUGGAUUUUUUUGGUGUAAGCAUGGUAGUUCCUUUAUUAAGUGUUCAUAUCAAAUCCCUUGGAGCAAGCCCAACUACUGCAGGAGUAGUAGGAUCCCUUUAUGGUGUUCUGCAACUCUUUUCUAGCACAAUAGUGGGUUGCUGGAGUGAUGUCGUAGGAAGACAUUAUUCGCUGCUUGUGUGUAUUCUGUUCAGUGCUUUAGGUUAUCUCCUCCUGGGUAUAUCUACCAGCCUCCUCUUAGUUGCCAUUGCUAGAAUUCCUGUUGGUAUAUUCAAGCACACGCUCUCAAUCUCACGAGCUCUUCUUUCGGAUCUGGUUUUAGAAAGAGAACGGCCACUGGUAAUAGGGAAAUUUAAUACAGCAUCAAACAUGGGUUUUAUCUUGGGUCCUAUGGUCGGUGGAUAUUUUACUGAGUUAGAAGAUGGAUUUUAUAUAACAUCCUUCCUCUGUUUCUCUAUCUUCAUUCUGAAUGCUGGUCUUGUCUGGAUAUUUCCAUGGAAUGACACAAACCUGAUUAGGAUGAAAAAUAGCAGGCAAACCAGCAACAGAUUUCCUUCAAACUUCCUGAAAAAAGCAAAAAACAAAUUACAGACUUCUUCAACUAAUGGCUCCAUCACAUCUCAGUCAGUAACUUGGCAGCUGUGGAUUCAAAUUGUGUCUGUGUUAAGAGAUAUCAAGAACGUGAUAUUCUCUGAAAUGUGGGACAUCUUUUCAGUGCGCUUUCUGAUGGCUCUGGCUGUUAUGCUGUACUACAGUAACUUUGUUCUGGCAAUUGAGGAGCGCUUUGGGAUAAAACCCAGGCUGACUGGGUACAUUAUUAGUUACAGCAGUGCCCUGGGAGUACUAGCAGGUUUUGUUUUAGGACCAAUAAUGAGACUCUAUAAACACAAUACCUAUGUCAUUCUGUUACACUCAAGUGUUCUCACCUGUAUCCUAAUGCUACUUUACUCUACAACACUCAGCAUAUGGGUGGUCAUUUUCUGCUCCACUUUUUUAUCUUUUUCUACUGCUAUAGGCAGGAUUUGUAUCACAGAUCUUCAACUAACUGUAGGUGGGACUGAGGCUAGUGGAACUCUUAUAGGCCUAGGGCAGUCUGUGACAGCUGUGGGUCGGAUCAUUGCUCCUCUUCUCUCAGGAAUAGUCCAAGAGUUCAGUCCCUGUGGCCCCCCAACUCUAGGAUCAGCAUUAGCUUUACUGGCUAUCCUCAUAAUGAUUUUAAACAAAUCUCGUUAUAGUAAUGAUCAAAGUGUUAAGCUAAAAAGCCAAUAGGACAAUUUCCAUUAAAAGAGAAAUGAACAUUGUAAUGAAUGAGCCAAGGGAGAAUGCAUUAAUUAUUAAGGGCUUUGUGAUAGUAAAUCAUAGAAAUAAUACCUUUAAAGAAAAAGGUGGUGUGAAAACAAAGAAAGAGGAUCUUCAGGUAUAUAAGAAGCAUUACUAUCAGGUUCCUGAUGGAAUCUCUGUGUUUCUACAGACAAAAUCAGAAAUCAAAGCAGGAAUGUUGAUACUUAAGUUUCAGAGAAAACAUUCAUCAGAAGGAGGAUCGGUAUGAAAUUUGUACAUACAAGUUUCAUCUGCUGGUUAACAUUUUUAAAGGAAAUAAAAUACCAUUGUUGAGCUUGGAAGAAGCUUAGAAUGCAUGCAAGUAAACUCUUUGGAUUGCCAAAACAGGUUACUUAGAAGAACGGAAGUAGCUAUUAAGACUUGCUCAAUAUAUCAAAAUAAAAUUGCACUUCAAGAAGAAAACAUCCAAAAUUGGAUGAAUAGCAAUGCCUUAUUUAUAGCAGCAGAGUAUUUAUACAAAUUGUCUCCUCCAUGUAAAUUUUAAAGAAGUUGGAAAGAGAGACAAAUUCCAUUAAGCAGUUUGUCAUUUUUUAAGUAGAUUGACUGACUUCUUAUGCUUGAUUGAUUUUAAAGAUUUUCUUAAAAUUGUGUUUGCACUAAGUGGUAUUUAGAAUUUUAUCAGCUCACUUUUUUGAAAUCUAGAUUGUUUGAUCCUGUCCCAUAUGUAUUAGGUUUUCUCUAAAUCAUUAUUUCCAGAGGAUUCCCUCAGGACUUGAAGUUCAGCCAAGAUGAACUUAUCUGAAACUCAGUAUUGUAGAACAGAACAUUACCUAAAAUAAGGAAACCUUAUUAAUAGCAAAGUUGUAUGAUCAGGUAAGAUCUCCCAUUUCACAUGUUAUUAAAUAGUAUAAAGAAAUCUUAGGAUUAUUUUGAAAAUCUGUUUGUUAUACAUGUGUGUGGGAACAGGAGAGAUUUUCAGUAUUCAACAAGGAGAAACAAUACAACUUCUUCUAGCUCUAAUUAUUACAUACUUAAAUUACACUUAUCUAUAUACUUCUUAGGAGCCCAAAAGUGAGCUCAAGAAUGAGAGGAUGAUGCAGCUCAUAAUAGACACUUAUACACCUACUGAAAUAUAUAUAUUCAGUUUCUUGGUUUAAAAAGUUUAAGUGAUAUUUAUUGACUAUGACCUAGGGCAAACCACUUAGCUCCAUUAGUAUCUGACAAAUCUCUAAAAUUAUAAGUUGCAAUAAGGUGCCUAUUUUCAUUAAGAGAUAAAAGUUUCUUACAAUGAUGAAAUCUCACACCUAAUAAUUGAUUGAUUGAUUUUUCUACAAUAGCACUUAUCAAUAUUUAAUAAACCCACCAAAAAAGUGCAUUUCCCCAAAACAGUUUGCUUAACUAUAGGAUUUCUUUUCAAAAAGGAAAGUGAAAUAUUCAUGGUGAAAAUGAAAAGAUAAUAUUUUCCAGAUUGAAAGUUUUUCCAUUUUCUUCUACUGGAAAGAUGCAAUUGAUUCAAUCAGCUGUGAUUGAACUGAACAAAUUAAAUUAUAAUUCCAUAAGUAUGAAGCACCUUCUGGAUAAUACAUAAUGUGUUUGGUUCUGUAAGAAAGAUAUUCUAUUUUUUUAGGUUACCUAUAGUCUUAUGGGGAGAAGAGAACAUGGCAUCGUGGAUUUAGAUCUAGAAGGGACCUUAGGUUUCACUAGUCCAACCCAUCAUUUUGCAGAUGAAAAAAACAGAACCAGAUGGGAAGCACUGAAGUACAAUGGAGAGAAUGCACAAUUUACAAUCAUGAGAUCUAAUUUUAAAUCCUAACUUUGUCAAUUUACUCUCUCCCUGACCUAUUUUCUCCGGGCCUCACCCUUUCUCAUCUGUAAAAUGAAAAAAAUAGGACAAAAUGGAUCUCUAAGGCCCUUUUGAGCUGUAGAUUUACAAUUCUAAGAUCCAUGAGUAAGAAGGCAGUUACAUACAAUAAAAGUUGAAGAGCUGGAAUUGUAAUAGGGGAGUGGGUUGUGAAAUAGAACUGCUGAAUCUUUCCCCACACAAAUCAAAAUACAGUUCUUCCAAAGGAAAUUUCAAAUGUAGACGUAUUUUUAUGCAUAGCAAUUAAUUUUAGUUUAUAUCUGAAGUCAGUAGCCUGUAAUAUCUGUGAGACUGUUAUGAUGCACAAAAGCAAAAAUUAUAUAAUCAAUAAGAUUCUGAACAGAGAGAUCCAGAGUUUGACCUUUUGUUUAUGGAUAAAAAUAACUAGCAUUUAGAUAGCACUUUAUGGUUUGCAAAGCACUUUCCAUGUGUUCUCAUUUCAUCUUCAUAUCAACGCUGUGAAGUAGGUGCUAUUAUACUCAUUUUAUAGAUAAGGAAAUAGAUUAAAUAACUUGCCCAGGUUCAUAAGAUAAGGACCCCUUUGGGGGAUUUCUAGGCAGGAUUCAAACCCAUGUUUUUCCCGACUCCAAGAGUAGCCUUCUUUGUCCUGCAGAUAAAGUGAAAUGAAAUGUUCUUCAAUACAUCCCUGCACUACUUGCUGUCUAAUUAAUAUGAUUUUUAAGGCUUAUGGUAUAUGUUCUCAGGGAGACACCAGCUGAUGCUACCUACUAUUAAAAUUUUUAUAGGGUUUUUUCUUCUAAAUGAUUUUUGUAAUUUUUUUCUAAAAUACAAAACACAAUAAACUAUUAAUAUGAAAAAAAAUAA